GAGUUUUUAUUUCUUCAAAUGCUACGAAAAGACAGUUCUUACAGGGAGAUAUCCUUAACAGACUCUAUAGAGCAAAAAUCAUUUUUAAACUUAGCCAGAAAGCCCUCUAAUGGUGAUUUUAAAGGCAAAACACCCUUAGGCGUCAAGGGCAAAGAUAAUAAGGAGAAUUCUUCUGCAAGAAUUCAUUCAGAUACACCCACCCAAGACUUUUUCUUUAAAAGAGAAGUCAUAAAAUCAGAGAAAUAACUACCCAAUGAGAAAAUGGCAAUCUACAAUGAUGCAUCAAGAUUUCAAUCAUCUAAAACGUAUAUGGAAUGCAGGAUUGAGUAAUUAGAAUAACGUAAGAAGACCUAAAGUCCAUAGCUACUGUCAAUGACUCCCGUUCAGAAUAAAUAGAUCAGUCAAGAAAGAUAUAAUCAUCUUCAAUAACCAUAAUAAUAAUAACAAUCAGUUUAAAGUUCAAUGAAUUUAACUAGAAAGGCUUCAGUUGUGCCUUCCAGAGGUUUGUCAGCCUUGACUACCCCAACUCCAAAGGAAGGAGAUUUUAAUAUCUAUAAGUAACAAAGUAGUAUACCAACAUCAUACUUGGAUUCAGUUGUAACUCAAAGAAAUAAUAAAAAUUACACCGCUCCAGAGUAAUAGUAAUAAUAAUAGUAACAGUAGUAAUAAUAAUAGUAGUAAUAAUAUUAAUCCCAAUAACAAUAUUAAUCACAAUAACAAUAUUAAUCAUAAUAAUAAUAUUAAUAAUAAUAAUAACAAUAAUAACAAUAGUAGGAGUAUAAGAAUUCAGGCCUAAAAUUAUAUUACAUUACUUCACUAAUCAAAGCCUUUAAAAUGAAAGGUCCAAAUUCAGCAAAGGAACAUCUAAUCCAUAACAUGCAGGUACUAUUUCAUCCAACAAUUUAAGGGAAUCAUUAUCGCUAAGAAGCUUAAAGUGCCUCCAGUGAAAAAGGCUAUAAUGUUGCCAGCAACUGACAAAAAGACUCUUUUAUUUGAUCUGGAUGAAACAUUAGUCCAUUGUAACUCGAAUAGUUUUAUACCUGGUGAUGUUUUACUCAACAUAAAUCAUGAAGGGGAGAAGAUGGAGGUAUAUAAACAAUAUAAAAUUUAGGCUUCAUUGAAUAUUAGACCUUAUACUUCUCAUUUAUUGUAGACGUUAAGUAGAAAUUUCGAAUUGAUUGUAUUUACUGCUUCCUAAUCACAUUAUGCUAAUGCAGUGAUAGAUUAUUUGGAUCCGUAGAAAAAGUGGAUCAGUCACAGAUUCUAUAGAGAACAUUGCAUACCCACAGAUGAUGGACAUUUUAUAAAAGAUCUUCGUAUUUUUACAACCAGAAAACUAAGCGAUAUGUUGCUAAUUGAUAAUGCUCCUCAUUCUUAUCUGUAUUAGAUUUAAAAUGGUGUACCUAUCAUUCCAUACAUAGACAAUAAAUCAGAUGAAGUAAUUAUAUUUGUAAGAAUUUAGGAAUUGAAAUCGUUAUUGUAGUAUUUGAUGUAAUUUAAGAACGUUAAGGAUGUGAGAGAAUUGAAUAUGCAGCAAAUGAAAUUGCAUCGUUUUUCAGAAUAUGAUGACCCUUAAGAACUAUUAAAAUGUGAAUUUAAUGAAUACUAAUUAUAAUCCGUUUUAUUAUGAU